CUGUCUCCUUCCCCAAAUCCCUCGCCGGAGUGCAGCCUCCUCCGCCGCAUCCCUUCCUUCCUCCUCCCUUCCAGCCUUGCCGUGCCAUACCGCGAGUGUAGGAUAGGAUCACUUCGAGUCGAGGCCAGUGAGCAGGUGAAGGGACGACCGCCGGCGGCCACCGUGGGAGGAGGAGGAGGAGCGCGGGGCUCCCGCAUCGGCGCGUCGCCGUCGCUCCCCACGCCGGACACGGGUUCCUCGACGGCGGACGGAAGCGGGACUCGCGGUUGAGUGGGAGCAGACGCCGGCCGGCCGCUACGGGCAAUUUUAGGAUGGGUACUGAAGACUCUAAAGAUAUGCUGAAGAAUGCAGACUGGAAGACAGUGAGUGGUGCAGUUACUGAGUCAAGUCAGCCGGUUGUUAGGAAGCGCCUUCCGAAGAAAAUAAGACAAGUACCUGAGUGUUACUUUCUGCCUCGACGAUCUUUGCCUUCUGCACUGGCAAUCUACGGUGCUGUUUGCGCCGCUGGAGUUGGUGCAGGGAUGUUGCUUGAGGUUUGGAUCAACAAAAAGAUCAAAGAGGAUGGCGGUGUUGUCUGGGAAAUGGGCAAAUGAUGUUCAGACCCUUCUGUUGCUGUUAAGUUGUAUCACAGAGAUAAGCAUGUUUUUGUUGUUUUGGAAUAUGUUUUAACUUGCUGACGAAAGCAAGCAAUGUUUCCCAGUUUAAUUGAAAACACAACCUUGUCCCUGUGUUCCUGGUUUGGUUGUACAAGCUGUGUGAUGCUUCAACUUUAUAUUAGGCAAGCAAGGUGAAAACACCAGGCAGCAACACAUCUCUACUUGUCAUCUUAUAAGAAUUAUCUGAAUAUGUGUAACCGUGGUAA